AUGGCAUUUUUAAGGCUUCGAUUGACUUUCCCGCCGGAUCUGAUCACUGAGCCCAUCAUCCACAACAUCGGUCAACAGUACAAUGUGAUCACGAGCAUUCGACGCGCCGAUGUCACGUCUGACCGUGGGUGGGUUGUUUUGGAGAUUAAGGGUGAGCCCGACGAGCUUGAACGGGUUGUUGAGCACCUCAAGAACGUCAAGGUGGAAGUUGAGCCAAUUGAAGGAGAUGUAGUUCAGUAAGGAAAAAAUUCAGCAAGCACAGCACGGGGAGAACAAAUAAGGACUCAGACAAUUGACUGUGAUCAAUCUGAAACCAUGCACUCCCCAUCAAUAAAAUAGGGAC